AGGGAUUAAUUACGUAGAUUAAGAAUCAUUGUGUUUAUGAAGUGUGGACAACAAUUAACUGAAUCUUUUUAAUUCACAAUCGCCGUUAUCUCUCCCCAAAAAUUGAUGGGAAAGAAAGCUUGGAAAACUUCCGAUUGAGUGUCCACAAUGGCUGAAAUGAAGCGCCUCGUCUUUGCUGUCAUAGAGUUCCUGGAUGAUCAGAUUGUUUCUGGUGAACUCACUGAGGAUGCUGUGGAAAGUUUAGAAGUUGCCAAGCAAUGCCUUGAAACAGCAUAUGGCUUGGAUCUAAGCCAAGACACAGAAUACAGAGUGAACCCGGGCUUGCUGGACAUAUUCAAUGCUGUGGUUGGAGCACCAAACAUUGUCAAAAGGGCACCAUCCGAGGAAGGAAUAAAGGAAGCAGAAAAACUGAAAAUACAAGGAAAUGAGUGUAUGAAAGUUGACAAUUACAAAGAUGCUUUAGACUUCUACAGUCAAGCCAUCAAGUUAGACUGGACCAAAUCUGUAUAUUUUUGCAACAGGGCUGCCGCCUAUAGUAAAGUAAACAAUCAUUCAGCAGCAAUAUGUGAUUGUAAGAAAGCAAUAGAAAUUGAUAAAGAUUAUAGCAAAGCUUAUGGCAGAAUGGGAUUGGCAUAUAUGGGUAUGCUUGAUUACACCUCUGCCAGAGAGUGCUAUAAAAAGGCUUUAGAACUUGAACCAGACAACGAGGGAUAUAAGACCAAUCUAGAAACAGCCGAGAAACAAGCAAUGGAAGCUAGCAGAUCACAGGCGUUUGGUGGAGCCGGAGCAAGUGGUGGUAUACCCGGCAUGCCUGGAGGGUUUAAUUUAUCAGCGUUAAUGAGUGAUCCAAAUAUCAUGAGUAUGGCCCAAAAUCUGAUGACAAGACCUGAGAUGAGGAAUAUGAUGGCGGGAAUGUUCUCGGGGCAGGCGAGUGGAGAGAACGCGGGAUUGCAAGACCUCAUGAAAAAGACAUAUGACUUAGCCUCGCAGAUGCAAAGUGAGCAGCCCGAUCUUGUGGACAAUUUACGCCAACAGUACCGAGCUCAGGGUGAGGCUGGUGAUGGCAGUGCACAGGAGAAACCAGAGGAAAAUGCAACGGAGGAUUCCAAACAACCAGAGGAAGAAGACAAGAAGGACUCUUAGGGAUCCAAUAAAAACUGUGAUACAAUUGUUAUUCUGCUGUGCACAUGCAGUCCCUGGCCUCACCUGGAAUAAUGACAAGUCAUAUCAAGACACAGAAAUGGAUUGUAAGAUUAUUGACAAUUCACAAAUAAUGCACAUUUUGGUUCAGACUUAUGAAUCCUGAAGGAACAGGUGAUUUUAAGUAUAGAACAAAAUAUGACAACUGCAUGGUAUCCUUGAAGAUAUUGCUGUGGUCCAGAGAUUAAUUCAAGACAUUCCUGGAUAGCCUAGCAUCUAGAAAGCUGUAAUUUGGUCAGUGGAUAAGUCAUUCUAAGUGAACUGAGGACAAUUUUAUCAAUAACUUAUGAGGCAGUGACAAAGGUGCAUAUACAUGUAACGUGGAACUAUGGAUGAGCGUGGCCUUUGUUGGAAGAUCUCUUGAAGAAGGGACCUGCCUGGUCUUUCUUUGUACUGAUCCAUCUGCUCUUUCGAACUGCCUUAUUUUAUAAUCAAAUGGUAUAAAUAGUAUUUUCAUGCUAAGACUUGGUCCCUUUCUCAUAAAUCCAGUAAAAUUGUCUGGCUGGGUGGUAGUAAAAUGAAACUGGUGCCGUCGCGAUAAUCAUUUAGUGUAAGUUGUUGAAUUCUGAGUAUACACAACAUAUAGGGGGAACCAGAAACUACUGGUUUCGAGUACAUUUGACAGUAUGACAUAUUUGGGCUUUUAGAAAUGGGGAAAGUAGAUGCACAUCUUGACCACGAGAUGUUUUUACACUCUGCCACCUAUUGGAUAAAUGUUUGUAACUAACCCUACAAAGGUGCUCAGAUUGAUCCUAUUUACAGAAUUUGUAGAUGUUUUUGUAUAGACUCCUUAUUGUGCUGCAUGGAGUCAGUUGGGUAAAUACAUUUUGUUACGAGGAAUUAGAAUCAGUAAAUGGGGUUUGUACCUGACAGUUACAUAAAAAACUGAGGAAAUACAAUGUAUUUUAUUAGUUGUGGGUUUUGUGUGUCAGUGUUGUAUAAAGAUAUCAAUACAGUCAGGGAAAUGCUUUUUGCCUUCUGGUUCGAGCUGUCUCUACUUCAUGGCAGGGUUGUGACAGGUAUACCGGAGAUGAACAAGUUGAAUGUCCCAGGCAGAACUUCUAUAACAUGAUCAGGAAUAUUGUUUCCGUUGAAAAUGUCGAUUUCAAGUGGAUGUUUGCUCCAACUUGUAACCUUUUCUGAUAUUGUCUAAUGUGUAAAUCCCCCCCCCCCCCCCCCACCACCACCAACUAUCAGAAUGUUAGGAUGAAGUGAGUUGCACAUUAGGUUCUGUAUGACAGCGCAUGAUUUGUCACAUUGUCAAGACUAGCACAUUCCAGCAGCUCCCUGACCAGAUUGAUAUGAGGCAGAAAAUGGGUAAAGGAGAACUGUAGUGCAUGAUGAAAAUCAACUGUCAUGCUCCCCAAAUCAUGACAGUUUGCAUUGUAGUAGGUCAUUGCUAACUUGUAAUAAUAUGUUUGGUAGAUUUAUUGCAUCUUAGUUGCCAUGUGAUGCUUUUCACAUCAAAUGUGCUCUCCCUAUGGUACAUGAAUGUAUAUUGGAUCCUUUAAUGAAGUUCUAGUGCAGACUUUUCUAUAAUUCAGAUUUGUGGUACUGUUAUUCUGGUACUGUUAUACUCUGCUGUUUACUUCAAGAUUUAUUUAAUUGAGGUUUUUGUUGUGGGCAAGAUUGAAGUACCAAGGUAUGAAAAUAAAAUGUCAUGUUCUGGUAAAAA